CGCUCCUGGAGACUGGGCUAUGCCAAGUGGACUCCAAGGCAGAGGGUUUUGCCCAGGAUGCCAGGACGAGCCCAUCCAUAGCUCUGUUCAACUGGACGGCCCAGAUCGUGGAGGAGGCGUACACCAACAGCACACAGAAGUGCUGGGAGUUCUUCGUUGAGCUGAUGAGGAACGUGACAGUGUCGGAGCUGUGCGAGUGGAAAGUCAUCAGCAGGCCCUACAGCUUCCUGCGGGCCUGCCUGGAGACCUGCGCUGACCAGCUGCACUACGGCUACCCC